UGAGCUGUGCAAACAGUGACUCCAGUGAGCACGGGGCUAUAUAGGGCAGCUCCUCCUGCGCCACAGACGCGAGGGGCCGUUAUUCUUCCCAUCUCCGUGUGCCAGGGGACGCCUGCAGAGGAGAGAAGGAUGAUGGCAGCCAGGUGUGCCCUUCUGCUGCUGUGCUGCAUGGUGCUCCUGCAGGUGGUCGGAGCCCGGUACCUGCUGAGCUGCCCUGAAGGCUGGUCCUACUACAAGCUGAACUGCUUCAGGUAUUUCUCCCAGCACCGCACCUGGGAGGAGGCAGAGGCGCUGUGCCAGAACACCUACUCUGGAGCCCACCUUGCCUGGGUGGAGGAGCCCAAGGAAGCAGCCACGCUGAGCCAGGUCAUCAUGUACUACCAGCGCUCGCAGCCUGUCUGGCUGGGCCUCCACUACCUGCGGCAGAGCCGGGACUGGCGCUGGACCCACGGGGAGAAGUACGAUGACCUCCCAACAGUUCCUGGGAAUGGUGCCCGAGGAGGAAGCUGUGCCCUGCUGACCCGGAGCAGCAGUUUCACCGUGUGGUCCAGUGCUGACUGUGACCGACGGCACCACUUCAUCUGCAAGUUCACACCCUCACAAUGAGCACAGCCCUGUGCCCCCAUGCUCUUCUCACCCCACCUCCGCGCUCAUCCCUCUUAUCUCCCAAAAUUACAUCUAUAAACAGAGAAGCAUGUGA